AUGUCUUCGGCGACCGACCAAAUGUUUCUCGGCGUGAAACAACUGCCCCAUAAGUUUCUCGCCGAUGGCAUGUAUUUCGGUGAAAGUUCUUGCUUUCACAAUGGAAUGCUGUACGUUAGCGACAUGACAGGGUGCCGAAUCUACACCAUCGACACGUCCUCGGGCGAGAAGCAGGUCUUGCUGGAGAUUGAAAACCAGCCCAACGGCAUGUGCUUCGCUGCCGACGGGUCGCCGAUCUACUCGUCCAUGUUCGACGCCAAACUGUAUCAAUUCAGCGAUGGCAAGUCCGAGCUGUACGCGGAAACAUCCUGA